AUGGGCAGCAGGGAUGAAGAGAGGCCUGAAGCAGAGAAACCGCUGAUAUCGCUGGAGCUUGGCGGCAGGGAGCGAUGUUCAUGGAUUAAUUAUGUGAUUGAGACUCCUUGGCAUGACUCAGCAUUUAUCACCAGGAUUACAGUUUGUAAUGACGAAAUCUCAUAUUUGUCGGGUGAUUGCAGGGAUGAGCCGUCAUUACAAUCCAUGCCCCACAAUGAACGACAAAAGCUCCUUUUAGGACUCCUUGGCAUGACUCAGCAUUUAUCACCAGGUGUGGAGAAAGAGCAACAACCCUCUGAUGAUUACAGUUGUAAUGACGAAAUCUCAUAUUUGUCGGGUGAUUGCAGAGAUGAGCCGUCAUUACAAUCCAUGCCCCACAAUGAUCGACAAAAGCUCCUUUUAGGGAUAUUCCUUGACUGUUUCGAGGCCUUACGUAGUAAAGAGAUUGAAGCAGCGAAACGAGAUCUCGAAAGAUGUAGAAGGGAUAGGAACCAUAUUCUGCUCAAUGGAACUUCGAAAACCGACGAUGGUGUUACAUCUGCUGAUAAUCCGGACGUUUCACUUCCCGAGUCGUUGGAGCCAAAAACAAAGCGUGCGCGCUGCCGUGGCCCUGCCGUAGAGAUCACGAAAAACAAGGCGUCCAUUCGCGCACCUCCUUGUUCUACUGAGUGGCCGACUCCAUCCAAACUGGCGGGUGAAACUGAUGUGAAGCACGAGGAUUCAUCACCUAAGCGUUCGCCUACGCGUAAUUCAAACGGUUUGGAAAGUCACGACGGCAGAGUGGAUGAGUCUUCGUCCGAAUCCAAGCUGUCAGAAUUUGGAAAGAUCAUUGAAGAAACAACUCGCUAUGGUGAAACGGUGCAGUUAGCCUCACUGAAGUAUGAUAUCUCUAGUGCAGCCUAUCAGUCAACGGUAUCAAGCUUGGAGUUUUCUUCUGCUGAUAAUUCUCUGUUCUCUGUGGCAGACAUUUCGAGGACCAUCCAAGUGUUUGACAUAAAUACUGUUCUUAAAGACCCAACCGAGUUCCACUAUCCGAUUGCAAAAAUGGACUGCAAUGCAAAAAUCAGUUGUGUUGCAUGGAGUCCUCUUAUGGCUUCGGUGAUGGUAAAUAGUGGAUAUGAUGGAUCUGUUACAGUAUGGGACAUAAAUAAGGUGAGAAGGCUGCGAAAAUUCAACGAACAUGAGAAAAGGUGUUGGUCAGUGAGUUUUGCCAGGACGGACAACCAUAUUUGUGCCACUGGAAGCAAUGAUUGUUCUGUAAAGAUAUGGAAUCUUAACAUGGCAAACUCAGUUAUGACCAUUAGGCCGUAUUUUGUGGUAUGCACUGUAAAUUUCGGCUUCACCAAAAACGAAUUAGCUGUUGGAUCUGCAGCGGAAUGCACGCGUGUCUUCUAUGGCCACAGGAACACGAAGAAUUUCGUUGGCCUCAGCUCUUGCGGUGAUCAUAUUUUGACUGGGAGUGAGGAUAAUCGUGCGUACGUCUAUUAUAAAGCAGCUAGCCGUCCUAUUCUGUGUUAUGAUGUCGAUUCUACCCAAAGCAUCGUGAACUGCUUUGACGCUGAUUCAUCAUCAUUCGAGAACGACUCUGAAGUUUUUGUUUCGGCGGUUGCCUGGCGUCCGGACUCUGACGAAGUUCUCGUUGGGAAUAGUGUUGGAAAGGUUGAUGUUCUCAAGUUGCGCUAA